AGCCAGGAAGUUCUGCCCCCAAACACCAGACAGGGCCUUCCCACUGGGAACGCACGCUUACCCGCGGGAAGAGCCUUGAAAGAGACCUUUGGGUCCCUGAUCCGGAUCCUCCAAAGAGAAGAAAGGAACCUUGGCGCCCGUGCCCCUCAGCCCAGCCCCGCAGAGAUGCCUCCUCAGCUCUCAGACGGCCUCAACUACUCAGCCAAAGUCGUCCAGGGCAGCCUGGACAGCCUGCCCCAGGCCGUGAGAGAGUUCGUGGAGAGCAACGCCAAGCUGUGCCGGCCCGACCAGAUCCACAUCUGCGACGGCUCCGAAGAUGAGAACCGGCAGCUGCUGGGCCACAUGGAGGAGGAGGGUGUGAUCAAGAGGCUGCGGAAGUACGACAACUGCUGGUUGGCUCUCACUGACCCCAGGGAUGUGGCCAGAAUUGAAAGCAAGACGGUCAUCAUUACUCAAGAGCAAAGAGAUACGGUGCCCAUCCCCAAAACCGGCCUCAGCCAACUGGGUCGCUGGAUGUCCGAGGAGGAUUUUGAGAAAGCGUUCAAUGCCCGAUUUCCAGGGUGCAUGAAAGGUCGCACCAUGUACGUCAUCCCAUUCAGCAUGGGGCCCCUGGGCUCGCCUCUGUCCAGGAUCGGCAUUGAGCUGACAGACUCGCCCUACGUGGUGACCAGCAUGUGCAUCAUGACGCGGAUGGGCACGCCCGUCCUGGAGGCGCUGGGGGACGGGGAGUUCGUCAAGUGCCUCCAUUCCGUGGGGUGCCCUUUGCCUUUAAAAAAGCCUUUGGUUAACAACUGGGCCUGCAACCCGGAGAUGACACUCAUCGCCCACCUGCCCGACCGCAGAGAAAUCAUCUCCUUCGGGAGCGGGUACGGCGGGAACUCGCUCCUUGGGAAGAAGUGCUUUGCUCUCAGGAUGGCCAGCCGGCUGGCCAAGGAGGAGGGGUGGCUGGCAGAGCACAUGCUGAUUCUGGGCAUAACCAACCCCAAGGGCCAGAAGAAGUACUUCGCGGCUGCCUUUCCCAGCGCCUGCGGGAAGACCAACCUGGCCAUGAUGAACCCCACCCUCCCAGGGUGGAAAGUAGAGUGUGUGGGGGACGACAUCGCCUGGAUGAAAUUUGACCAACAAGGUAACUUGCGGGCCAUCAACCCAGAGAACGGGUUUUUUGGUGUCGCUCCUGGCACCUCUGUGAAGACAAACCCCAAUGCCAUCAAGACCAUCCAGAAGAAUACCAUCUUCACCAAUGUGGCCGAGACCAGCGAUGGGGGCGUUUACUGGGAAGGCAUUGACCAGCCGCUGGCCUCGGGCAUCAAGCUCAUUUCCUGGAAGGGCAAGGAGUGGGACCCCAAGGAUGGGGACCCUUGCGCCCACCCCAACUCGCGGUUCUGCACCCCUGCCAGCCAGUGCCCCAUCAUUGACCCUGACUGGGAGUCUCCGGACGGCGUGCCCAUCGAGGCCAUCAUCUUCGGAGGGCGCCGACCUGUUGGCGUCCCUCUGGUCUAUGAGGCUCUCAGCUGGCAGCAUGGCGUGUUUGUGGGUGCGGCCAUGAGAUCGGAGGCCACGGCAGCGGCAGAACACAAGGGCAAAGUCAUCAUGCACGACCCCUUCGCCAUGCGGCCCUUCUUCGGCUACAACUUCGGCCAGUACCUGGCGCACUGGCUCGGCAUGGCCCAGCGCCCCGAGGCCAAGCUGCCCAAGAUCUUCCACGUCAACUGGUUCCGCAAGGACAAGGCCGGCAGGUUCCUCUGGCCGGGCUUUGGCGAGAACUCCAGGGUGUUGGAGUGGAUGUUCACCCGUGUUGGCGGGGAAGGCGGCGCCAAGCUCACGCCCAUCGGCUACAUCCCCGACGAGGACGCCCUGGACCUUCGGGGCCUGGGGGACGUCAAUGUGAAGGAGCUCUUCCACAUCUCCAAGGAGUUCUGGGAGGAGGAGGUAGAAGACAUCCAGAAGUACCUGGAGGAGCAGGUGAAUGCCGACCUCCCCCACGAGAUCGAGAGCCGAGGGUCCUGGCCCCUGAAGCAAAGAAUCAGCCAGAUGUAAUCACAACCCCAGACCUCACCUGGUCCUCCGCCUCCAAUCCAUACAGAGCAGCGAGCGAGGAGAGAGAGGGACGGGGCUUCCCGAGUUCUCACUGCCUGCAGCAGCACCGCAAUGACCGCACCCAGGGGCCGAUCGAAAGACACCUCUUAAUUUUUCUGAUAAGACCACAGCAGAGUAAGGCUAGUCACUAAUGAGGCUGUGGAGGGAAAUCUCAGCAGGCUCCAAAGUUCACUAUGCAAUGCACGUUUGUUCAACUUAGGGACACUCAGGCUCAGAGUCUUCUUUGUUCUUUCUCUUUAGCUGUAUCAGUUAGCCGGAAUGCACAGAAGAUGCUUGAGCUGUAUAUAUGUGUGUGUGUGUUUGUGUGUCUGUGUACUGUUGUCUAAAGCACAUUUAAUAACUCUGGAAAAAUCUUGGGCAAGAUUACCUACUAGUUGUUGCUAGAAAGCGAUGUUGCUUUGUUAUUAAUAUGUGUGUUUAAAUUAUUUUUAUAUACCGUGGUUCCUUACCUCUACAUAAUUUCAACGUUUUCCCUUAACACUUCUUGGAAAAAAAAAAAUCACAAAAUAAACUUUUAUAGAAAAGAUG